AUGGUUAAAUAGACAAAGCGCCAAUAAGACAGUCAGUCAUAAAGCCCAUACUUUAAUAAUUACAAUAUAGAUAGACAUAGAUAUAAAAUUUUUGAACCACAUCAAAUUAGAACAAACUUAGAAUUAUUGGGCCAUCUUUAUGGUUAUUCAAAAGUAUUCCACAAGGAAAAAUUUGGCUUCUUGAUUUCAUAAAUCAUUAAAAAUAGUAAAUCAGAUGAAGAAUUAUCAAGAGGCCGCAAUAGUCUAAGGAAUAUUGUAAAUAAGAAGAUGAAAAAUAAUCAAAAUUGUAUACCUAAGGAUUUGUAUUUUAAUAAAUAGGAUUUUAAAGAAUUUUUGAAAGAUAUCAAUAACAAAUAACUUAUUUCUGAUGCCAUAGAUUCGGUUCAGAACAGCAUAGGUCAAUACACUAUAAAGGAAGAUAAUAUAGAUAGCUCGAAUUUAAUCCAAAAUUUGCUCCAACGAUUCUAAGAUGUAUUAAUGUAAGGCCUCUUGAAAUGUAAAAACGAAGACUUAAAACAAAUCAGAGAAGAGAUCUUAAUAUUGUAUGGGAAUCUUGAAGGUACCACAAAAAAACUAAUAAACUAUACUCGUAAGGAAAAAUCAAAUCUUAAUGGAGGUAUAGAAUUGGAAGAAUACUAAUUUCAUUUGACAGAAGCUGAAGAGUAAGAAGACUAAGGGUAGUAAAUGAGUCAUUAAUAAGAUGAAUAAAAAUAAAUGUAAACUUAACAAGUUGAUAAUAUGAUUAAUAAUACUUUAAAGUUAGAUUAAACUGAUAAUAUGAUAAUUGUUGGAACUGGUAUAGUUUUAUCUGGCAAUGAAAAUAUUCAAGGGUUGGAUUAGACUUAUAAUGAGAUAAAUUUUGGAACUGGUAUUGUUUUAUCUGGUAAUGAAAAUAUUAAAGGGUUGGAUUAGACUGAUAAUAUGAUAAUUGUUGGAACUGGUAUUGUUUUAUCUGGUAAUGAAAAUAUUAUAGGGUUGGAUUAGACUGAUAAUGAGAUAAAUGUUAGAACUGGUAUAGCUUUAUCAAGUAAUGAAAAUAUUAUAGGACUGAAUUAGACUGAUAAUGAGAUAAAUUUUAGAACUGGUAUAGGUUUAUCUAGUAAUGAAAAUAUUAUAGGGAUGGAUUAGACUGAUAAUGAGAUAAAUUUUGGAACUGGUGUAAUUUACUAUGAUGCUGAGUAGACUUAAACGUUUUAGUAUACUUAAGAGAUGAGAAAUGAUGGAACUCAGAUUUUUUUAUAUGAUUGUGACAAUACUGGUCCAUAUUAUUAUAUCAAUGAGAUACAAAUGUUUUGA